CAGGGCAAAUACCAUGGUAAUCCCAUGCAUAUAGCGGUAAUCAUCUCAAACUGUUUAAGAGAAGAAAGAAGAAUAUUGGCUGCAGCUAGCAUGCCUGUGCAGGGGCCACUGGAAAAGUCUCUGCAGAACUCUGUGGUUUCAGAACGACAACGGAACGUAGAACACAAAGUGUCAGCCAUCAAGAACAGCGCUCAGAUGACUGACCAAGAUGUCAAGUACUUGGAAGACCUGCAAGAGGAAUUUGACUUUAGGUAUAAAACAAUACAAAGCUUAGAGCAGAGCGACAAAAACAGCGCCCUCAUUAAACAGGAAAUGUUGGCGUUGCAGGCAAUGCUCAAUACUUUAGACUACAAGAGAAAGGAAGUACUCAGUAAAAUAGGGCGUGUGAUUCAUGAAAUCGAUAUGCUUAUGAGCAACAUGCUGACUGAAGAGCUGCUAGACUGGAAGAGACGGCAGCAGAUUGCCUGCAUUGGGGGUCCUCUCCAUGGUGGGCUUGAUCAGCUCCAGAACUGUUUUACACUGUUGGCAGAGAGUCUCUUUCAAGUUAGAAGGCAACUGGAAAAACUGGAUGAGCUGUUGACCAGACUGACUUACGACGGGGACCCCAUCCCAGUGCAAAGACCUCAGUUGCUGGAAAAAGUCAACUUUCUGCUCUACAAUCUUUUCCGGAAUUCUUUCGUGGUUGAAAGGCAGCCCUGCAUGCCAACCCAUCCCCAGAGGCCCAUGGUUCUCAAAACAUUAAUACAGUUCACUGUUAAGUUAAGGUUGCUAAUUAAAUUGCCAGAGCUGAACUACCAGAUCAGAGUGAAAGCAACUAUUGACAAGAAUGUUUCAACUGUAAGUAAUCGUAGAUUCGUUCUGUGUGGAACGCAUGUGAAAGCAAUGAACAUGGAUGAAUCUGCAAAUGGAAGCCUGUCGGUGGAAUUUCGGCAUUUGCAACCCAAAGAAAUGAAAUCGAGUGCUGGAAGCAAAGGAAAUGAGGGCCCUCACAUGGUGACAGAGGAACUGCACUCCAUCAGCUUUGAAACACAGGUCUGCCUGUAUGGACUGACUAUAAAUUUGGAAACCAGCUCUUUGCCCGUGGUGAUGAUUUCCAAUGUCAGCCAACUACCCAACGCGUGGGCUUCUAUUAUCUGGUACAAUCUGUCAACCAACGAUCCUCAGAAUUUGUCUUUCUUCAACAAUCCCCCUGCUGCCACUUUAAGUCAGCUCUUAGAAGUACUGAGCUGGCAAUUUUCAUCCUAUGUCGGUCGUGGACUCAAUUCUGAGCAGCUCAACAUGCUGGCAGAGAAACUUAUGGGACAACAAGUCAGUUACAACGAUUAUCAGCUAUCCUGGGCAAAGUUCUGCAAGGAACACUUGCCUGGAAAGUCUUUUACCUUUUGGGUUUGGCUUGAAGCCAUCCUGGACUUAAUUAAAAAACACAUUCUUCCUCUUUGGAUUGAUGGGUACGUAAUGGGAUUUGUAAGCAAAGAGAAGGAACGAAUUUUGCUCAAAGACAAGACACCGGGAACAUUUUUAUUAAGGUUUAGUGAAAGCAAUCUGGGUGGAAUUACCUUUACUUGGGUGGAUCAGUUAGAAAACGGAGACGUAACAUUUCAUUCGGUGGAACCCUAUAACAAAGGUCGCUUAUCUGCACUGCCUUUCGCCGACAUACUGCGCGAUUACAAAGUUAUUAUGGCAGACAACGUUCCUGAAAACCCUCUGAAGUAUCUGUAUCCAGACAUUCCCAAAGAUAAGGCCUUUGGCAAACACUACAGCUGUCAGCCAAAUGAAGUCUCCAAGCCCUCAGAUGGAGGCGGCAAAGGUUACGUUCCUUCCGUAUUUAUCCCAGUGUCCAAAAUCUUAAAUGAUUCUACAGAUCCACCUUCUCCAUCAGAUCUUCUUCCAAUGUCUCCAAGCGUUUAUGCUGUGCUGAGAGAACACCUGAGUCCCACAGUGAUCGAGACUGCCCUGAGUUCUCCAUACUCAACUGACUGAAGCCCACAGACUGGAAAAAACAGUAAUCCUGUGAACACUGGGUGGGUUAAAGACACAGUAAAUAUUUU